AUGACAACAAAACAGUACAGUGGUGAUGUUCUGGAACAGUUAUUAAGAAAAUGCUCACUUAAACGAGCUCUAAGAGUGUCUUCAUGGCUCUUCAGGUUCGCAAACAAUUGUACACAAGGGGAAAAGAGAACAGGACCAUUAUCCUUUACCGAGAUUGAAGAGGCUAAGAUGAAAUUUGUCAAAAAAGCCAAAAAGCAAGGUCAAUUACAACCAAAGUACGAGCAACAAUGCAAAGAACUUAAUCUUACGCGCAAUACAGAAGGGAUUUUAGAAUGUCGUGGCCGAAUUGUGGGUCAGUAUCCUAUCUACCUUCCCACAGAUUCCUUGCUAGCUCAAAGAGUAGUGGAAAAGUUGCAUCGUGAAACGUUACAUGGAGGUGUUGGAUUGACAAUGGCUGCUGUAAGAGAGACGUAUUGGAUACCGAAGUUAAGAAGCCUUGUAAAGAAAGUUAGAAAGGAGUGUUUUGGUUGUAAAAGAUAUCGAGCGACAUCAGUUCCCACACCUCCUGCUGGAAAGUUACCCGAGGACCGGACUUGUGGCGAAACAGCGUUCGAGGUAAUUGGCGUAGAUUUCGCGGGACCAAUACGUUACAAAGGGAAGUCAAGUAAGGAUUGCAAAGCGUAUCUGGCGCUGUUUUUAUGUAGUCUAACUCGAGCAGUGUACUUGGACAUGAUGCCGGACCUAUCUGCUUCCACGCUCAUACCAAUUUUGAAACGGUUCAUUGCUCGGAGGGGAAGACCCAGGAAGAUCUAUUCAGAGAAUGGGGGCACCUUCAUUAAAACUGCGAAGUGGAUUGAUACUUUACGAAAGGAGGAACGUCUUCAAGGUUAUUUGGAGGAAUUCGACAUUAAAUGGCAGUGGGGCAGAGGCGCAAAUCUGAAGUGGGAAGAACUGUGUGAAGUGAUACUUGACGUUGAAGUGCAAAUCAAUAGAAGACGAUGUUCAACUGCCGGUGUUAACACCCGAGCUCUUUUUAUUCCAGAUAUCCAAUCAUCUGCCAGAACAGAAAUUAUGGGUCGAAAGUGA